AUGGAAGACAUAGAUGAUAUAGAAGAUACAAGUAAUACAGAAGAUGAUGAUACAGAAGAUACAAGCGAUACUGAAAAUGUAGAUAAUAUAGAAAAUAUUAGUAAUAUAGAAGCUGCAGAAGUUAUGAACAUAGAACCAAAUACUGUUACUAAAAUACUAUCUUCAUAUAGCCCAACAGCAAGUGGUAGUAAAAAAAACAGAUCAUCACCUAUAUGGAACUAUAUAGAUGAACUAAUGAUAGGAAAUCAAGUUAUUGCAAGAAUUUGUAAGGUUGAAGGAUGUGAAAAAAAAUAUAGUGCUACAACAUCUACUGGUGUUCUAAAUGCAUAUCUUAGAAAUAAACAUAAUAUUAUACUUAGUUUAAAAACAAAUCGCUUACAUCAAUCUCAGGAACCAUAUGAUAAAAAUAAUAUUAAACGGAUACAAGAAUGCCUUAAUGCUACUGUUGAUCUUAUAAUUGGUGCAUAA